AUGGGGGACAAGAGGAAGAAGACGUUCAUGUUCAUCCGUCUAGUCUCCGCAGCUGGAACAGGAUUCUUUUAUGUGAAGAGGAAGAGUAGCAAAGGACUUCUUGAGAAGCUUGAGUUCCGCAAGUACGAUCCUCGUGUUAACCGCCAUGUUCUCUUCACUGAACAGAAAAUGAAGUGAUUCUUUUUGUGUGUGUGUGUUUCAUUACUUUCGAAGAUCCCCAGAACAAAUCUCUCUGCUAGUAGUUAACACUUAUUAAUCAUAAAGAAAGUGGGGUCUCUUUGAUGGUCUAAGUGUAAGUCUGCAUCAGAUCAUAGUUUACAUUUACAUUAUGCGAAACAUAUCAUUGUUUUAGCAAU